AUGAGUGUCAGAGAUGGCGCUGCCACCAUGGCAACGAUCGCAGGUGGAGGAGGAGGAGGGGGAGGCGGGCUGGCCAGCCUCAAUGACCUGGACAACCGCUCGUACCUGCUUCAGAUUUAUCCCCGGCUAACUACGCAGUCCUCUGCCUGUUGCUGCCUCACUGUCCAAAAGGACUCCACAGCUGCCUCUGUGAUCUCAGAUGCUGCCGCGGCUCUAGGGCUGGACCCUAGUCGUUCUUAUGUUUUGGCAGAAGUGAAAGAAAGUGGUGGCGAGGAGUGGGUUCUUGAGGCCGGGGAUCUGCCAGUGCAAAGAGUUAUGCUAUGGCCUCGCAAAGCCCAGGAGAAACACGCUCAAACUCUGGGAUUCUACUUCCUGUUACAGGAAAGGAACCACGAUGGCACCAUUCGUUACGUGCACCUCCCUCCACUGUCAAAGGAGCAGCAGGUACAGCAGCUGGCAGCGAGGGGCUUCCUCCCUCCACCACAGGAUGAUUUUGCAGACCUCUGUAACCUCCCUGUCCUCAAUGAGGAUUCUAUAUUAAACAAUCUUCGCACGCGCUUCUACAAGAAAAAGAUUUACACCUAUGCAGGCAGCAUUCUUAUUGCCAUCAACCCUUUCAAGUUUCUGCCCAUAUACAACCCUAAGUAUGUCAAGAUGUACGAGAACCACCAGCUGGGCAAACUGGAGCCCCAUAUUUUUGCUAUCGCAGACGUGGCGUACUACGCCAUGCUCAGGAAAAGAGUCAACCAGUGCAUUGUCAUCUCUGGAGAGAGCGGCUCUGGCAAAACACAGAGCACCAACUUCCUCAUUCACUGUCUGACUGCUCUCAGCCAAAAGGGUUAUGCCAGCGGCGUCGAAAGAACUAUCCUGGGUGCAGGGCCUGUACUGGAGGCUUUUGGAAAUGCCAAAACUGCUCACAACAACAACUCCAGCCGUUUUGGGAAAUUCAUCCAAGUCAAUUACCUGGAGAGUGGAGUUGUCAGAGGAGCGGUGGUAGAAAAGUAUCUUCUUGAGAAGUCACGUCUCGUCUCCAGAGAGAAGAAUGAGAGGAAUUACCAUGUGUUUUACUACCUGCUGUUGGGCGCUUCAGAGGCGGAGAGGAAAGAGUUUAAAUUGUUGCCUCCUGAAGAAUUCUUCUACCUCAAGCAGCAAAACUUUAAGAUUGAAGAUGAGGAAGACUUGCGGCAUGACUUUGAACGACUUCAACAGGCAAUGGAGAUGGUGGGGUUUCUUCCACCAACCAAGAAACAGAUCUUCUCCGUUCUUUCAGCCAUUUUAUAUCUGGGGAACGUGACCUACAUCCAGAAGUCAAACGGCCGGGAUGAGGGUUUGGAAGUGGGGCCUCCUGAGGUGUUGGCCACCCUGUCUGACCUACUGAAGGUCAAGGAGGAAUUGCUGGUGGAAGCACUGACCAAAAGGAAAACGGUCACUGUCAAUGAUAAGUUGAUCCUCUCCUACAGCCAUUCAGAGGCCAUCACUGCUAGAGACUCUAUGGCUAAGUCGCUGUACAGUGCUCUGUUCGACUGGAUUGUUCUUCGCAUUAAUCACGCUCUACUCAACAAAAAAGACAUGGAGGAAUCUGUUCCGUGCUUGUCCAUUGGAGUUUUGGACAUUUUUGGCUUUGAGGACUUUGAGAAGAACAGCUUUGAACAGUUUUGUAUCAACUACGCAAAUGAACAGUUGCAGUAUUACUUCAACCAUCACAUCUUCAAUCUGGAGCAGGAGGAAUACCAAGCAGAGGGCAUCACCUGGCACAACAUUGACUACACAGAUAAUGUGGGCUGUAUUCACCUCAUCAGUAAGAAGCCCACCGGUCUGCUUUACUUGCUGGACGAGGAGAGCAACUUUCCACAUGCCACCGAAGAAACAUUAUUGGCCAAAUUUAAGCAGCAGCAUCAGGGAAACAAGUAUUUUGUGCCCACACCUGUUAUGGAACCUGCGUUUGUCAUUCAACACUUUGCUGGGAGAGUGAAAUACAAGAUAAAGGACUUUCGUGAAAAGAACACAGAUCACAUGCGACCAGACAUUGUGGCCUUGUUGAGAAGCAGUGAUCGUUCGUACAUCCGUCAGCUGAUUGGCAUGGACCCUGUGGCCAUGUUUCGCUGGGGCAUCUUGCGGGCCACCGUCCGCGGCCUUGCUGCUUUUAAUGAAGCUGGACGCACGUGGGCCGCCAAGACUGCAGGUAUCGUCCGACCUGCAUCCAGAACUCCUCUUGGAGAGCUCCAGCGAUCCAAUACUCCGAUUGAACGAAUGUACAAACGAGCGUCUAUGCUCGAUUUUUGCUUUGAUCACUCUGAGGAGCGCCCUCUAGAGGCCUUCGAGGACAUCUUUGCUAGCUAUGAGAAUAAGAAAGACAUGCAUGCACAGAUCAUCAGUUCCAUUAAGAACUUGCAGCUGGAUGCUGAAGAUCCUGGAAAGCUACUGCAGUCCUGGGGUCGCCUCCGUUUCCCCCGGCACGUUCUCCAGAAGAAUAAAAACACAAAGCAAAAGCAGAUAAUACCCAAGAGAUUGUUGGAUUCUCGCUCUCUGAAGUUCAUUGUAAGUCUGACGCUACACGAUCGGACUACCAAAUCUCUACUUCAUAUCAACAAAAAGAAGAAGCCUCCAAGUAUCAGUGCCCAGUUUCAGACAUCUUUGACAAAGCUUCUGGAGACACUGAACAGAGCUGAACCAUACUUCAUUCGCUGUAUUCGCUCCAAUGCAGAAAAGAAAGAGAUGCAUCUUGAUGAAACCUUGGUGGUACAGCAGCUGCGAUACACAGGAAUGCUGGAGACCGUUCGCAUCCGAAGGUCGGGGUAUGGAGCCAAGUAUACAUUCCAGGAGUUCUUCACGCAGUUCAGAGUUUUGUUACCGAAGAAGGCCACCGUAUCAAAAGGAGAGAUCUCUGCCCUGCUUCAAAAGAUGGGUCUGGAUCCCACCACUUACCAGAUUGGAAAAACAAAGGUGUUUUUGAAAGAGCUGGAACGACAACAACUUCAGGAUACACUUCACAAAGACGUCAUGCGCAAGAUCCUCUUCCUACAGCGCUGGGUCAAAGCCCGACUGCAAAGAAAAGACUUUUUAGAUAUGAGACACGCCGCUGUUGUAAUACAGCGAUCUUGGCGGAGGUACUGUGAAGAAGAGCGGCGGCGAUGUGCAGCCACCACUAUCCAGGCUUUGUGGAGGGGGCACUUGCAGAGGAGAGCGUACAGACGUCAGCUGAAAGGGGCCACCAAAAUACAAGCGCUUGUCAGGGGUCACUCUGCACGCAGAAGGUGCCAAUCCAUGCGGGAAGAGAAACGCAAAGAGGAGGAGGAGGAGAGGGAGGAACAGAGACGACUGGAGGAAGAGGAACGAAAGCAGAGAGAGGAAGAGGAGGAGAGGAGGAGGGUAGAAGAAGAAGAGGCUCUGAGACAAGCUGCUGAGGAGGAGGAGGAACGCAGAAGAGCUGAGGAGGAACAGGAGAUGCACAGAAGAGCCCAAGCUGAACUAGAAUGUAAACAGCUUGAGGAAGACGAGCAAAGACAAAGAUGUGAGCCUCAAACUAGAGAUGAUCCAGACAUAGAGCUGGUGACUGACGAGGCUCUGGACGAGACACAAUACCCUAUCAAGGACGUAGACGAUGAAGAGCCUUUCACCUGCCCAUCAGAGGAGGAGGUGCCAUUAUCCAGUGACGUGACUGAGAUCAAAGAUACAGAAGCUGAGGCCGGACUUCAGCCUCAGGACGAGGAGGACAGUGAGGAGAACAAGGAAACACAAGAUGUAGCAUCCUCGGCAGCGGACCAGCCCCACCCUCAAGUGCCUUCUGUUUCCUUACCUGCUGACAAUACACAAAUGAAGUUCCCUGAUGCUAACAAAAAUCAUUCAGCAAUUCAGGAGAAGAGGGAGAAGAGGAGAAAAAGGGGUCUUGAACAUAAUCGUAGAGAGACUGAACGAGCAGCUGCCUCCUCAUCACCACCUGCCACUACAGCCCCAAAUGUCAAAACUCCAGAGGCCUCUAAACCCAGAGAGCGAUUUGACAGCAAAGAAAUAGACCAGUAUACGUUUGUUGUUCAGAAAAUAAAAGAAGAGAAAGGUGGUAAGAGAGAGGAAAAAACGUCACCUCCACAAGUUCCUCCAGUUCGACCAUCCACCUUGCUCCUGCAGUCCCUUGACCAGGACAGAAAUGGUGAAGGAGCUGCAGUCAUUCACCUACAGCGACGUCCCGGGGCGAUAAAAGAAAAACCGGACAAAUGGAAAAGCAAAAGGACUGAAAGCCAUGACAUUGUGACGCCUCCAGCAGGAAGAAAUGGGGCUAUGAAUUUACAAUUUUCUCCAAGUUCAGAAGCACCUGGUGGGUUGUCUCCGCGUGAGUUUAGUCACCCAGACAGCCAUACUGAACGCUCAAGCUCAAUUGGAAGCUCAUUUAGACGGCGGCACCAGGACUCUGCUCACCAGGACCCAUCCCAGCCAGUUCCCUCUACACCAGACAGGUCAGGUGGCUUUUUCAGCAAGAUUUUGAAGAAACGUCCCCAGAGAGAACAGACACCAGAUGAUGGAGAAAUUACACCAAGUUUCAGUGAGAAGUCAUUUGGAGAAGGGUUUUCAGCUCGCCCCCUGCCUCAGCCACACACAGACCGCCCAGGUAAAAGUUUAGGCCGCAAUCCCACCAUAAAGAUCAGCCGUGCCACCAGAGUGUCUGAGCAGUGGAACGCCUCUCUGGACCGAGAAAUCACCAACGCCAACGAACUGCGCCACCUGGAUGAAUUCUUAGGCAAUCAGGUAAAUGACUUCCGCUCCAGAGGGAAGUCUCUGUCUGCCACUGAAGCAAUCUUUGUAACCGCCACAAUGCAAUUCAGAGAUAACAUUAAAGCUAUGUAUUCCCUUUCGAAACCCACGAUUGGUUACAAGGACUUGAUGACAAGCUAUAAAAACAAAGUGUUUCACCUGGCGGAUGACAAGCAGAAGGCAGAAGUGCAGCUUGUGGUGAACCUGUUCCAGUCAGUACUGGAUGGCUUUAUCAGAGGAGAGAUGAAGAAGGAGGAGGCAGAGGCAGAGCCAGUCAAGCCAAAAGCUAGAAAAAAACGACGAAAAAAGGAUAAAAGCAUGGAAAGCCCCUUGGAUCAUGUUUUUGUUAACUAUCAGGUCAACAUUGUGCAAUCUUGUGACCAGUGUACGUCAUACAUCUGGGGCAUGGAGAAGGCCUAUAUGUGCAGCAGUUGUAAAAUGGUGUGCCACAAAAAGUGUCUCAACAAAAUAAUCACUGACUGUAACACGUUCUGUGCCAAAAAGGGGGACGAGGAGUCUGGUGGGCUGCACUUUGGCGUCCAUGUGGGCCGCCUAGUGAACGAUAAAAGCCCUGUGCCAAUGGUGCUGGAGAUGAUGUUGGAGCAUGUGGAGAUGCAUGGUCUGUACACGGAAGGAAUCUACCGCAAAUCAGGCUCUGCCAACCGAAUGAAAGAGCUGCACCAGCGACUUGAGACAGAUCCUCACCUGGUUUGCCUUGAGGAGUACCCCAUCCACACUGUGACCGGGCUGGUGAAGCAGUGGCUGAGAGAGCUCCCAGACCCACUCAUGACCUUCACCCAUUAUAAUGACUUUCUGCAUGCAGUCGAACUACCAGAAAAGCAAGAACAACUUCAUACAAUUUACAAAGAGUUAGAGGAGCUUCCUACAGCAAACUUCAAUACUCUAGAGAGGCUUGUUUUUCAUCUGGUCAGAGUCUGUAAAGAAGAGCCACACAACCGCAUGUCUCCCAACUCCUUGGCUAUAGUCUUUGCCCCAUGUAUCCUGCGCUGCCCUGACAGUGCGGAUCCACUUCUUAGCAUGAAGGAUGUUGCCAAGACAACCAUGUGUGUGGAGAUGCUUAUCACUGAGCAGAUUCGACGUUACAAUGAGAAGAUGGAAGAAAUUGAGCAGCUAGAAUAUGCAGAAACUUUGGCAGUAAACCAGCUAAAACUGAAAAGGCAUAACACGCACUUCUGGCAUUUACCUCUCAGGUUCUCACCUCCUUACAAAGGAGUAGUGAUUCACGAGAAAGUCCCCUCUGAUCUCAGUGUUGUACCUGAAAAUGAGCCUAUAGAUUCAGAAACAGAGGCAGAGAAGAACCUGGUGGAGCGAAUUAAGUCCAUCAAACAGGAAAAAGAGGACCUGGCUUGCCGACUUCCUGAGAUGGAACAACCUGGUUCUGAUCAGGAGAAUUUGGAUUCUGAGGCUUCCUUGAGCUCGGAAAGUUUGUUGGAUGAACAGCAGCGUUUUUUAGCUCACACUACAGAGCUGGAAGGUCUGGACCAGUGA